AUGGUGAAUGGCUCGCCCACUGAUUUCUUCACUAUAGAAAAAGGGCUCCGGCAAGGUGAUCCGCUAUCACCGUUAUGGUUUAACAUAUGCGUAAACGGUCUCUCUUGUAUUCUGAACAAGUUACUUGAGCGUGAGGAGCCUUAUGGAUCAUGUGUUGCUGAUGAUCUAUGGAUCAACCAUUUGCAAUUUGCGGACGACACAUUGAUUGUUUGUGGGAAUAACAUUUCUCAUCUAGAAAAUAUUGCAGCCGCUCUUGAAGUCUUCUUAGCUCUUUCAGGGCUUAAGGUGAACUACUCCAAAUCUCAUAUUUUCGGAUGCAAUAUCUCCCGAGAGGAUUUUGCUCGAGCUGCGAGUGUUCUUGGUGUGCAGAUUGGCACUUUCCCCAUCACGUACCUUGGGGGCCCUCUUGGAGAUAAUCCUAGAAGGAAAAGGUUUUGGCAACCUUAUGGCAAUCGUGGCAUCCCAUGGAUAGCGUGGGAACAAAUCUGUAAAAGUUCACAGGGAAGGGCAACAAUAUUCGCUUCUGGCAUGAUCCAUGGAUGCAUUUUGGCCUCGCUGCAAUCUAGUUUUCCGCGGCUGUUUGCCCUUGCUUCUAACAAAAAUGCCACGAUAUCUGACUUGGGAUCCUUUGAAGGUGGUCGUUGGGUUUGGGACUUGGGGCUUCGUCGUCGUCUCUUUGAUUGGGAACUGCCGAGGCUUCAAGAAUUAAUGUCAUAUCUGAAUUCGGUGUUCCCUUGUGAUGAAGAAGACACUAUAGUCUGGUCGGGAGCAACUAAUGGUCUCUUUACUGUAAAAGAAGCCUAUUCAGCUGCUGAAUUAAGAAUGUUCGGACCUGUAUCUUGGUUGAUCUCUAAACAAUGCAGGAAAAUUAUCCCGCCUAAAGUUGGGCUCUUCGUUUGGCAACUCAUGGAAAAUAGCGUGGCGGUCAAGGAGAACUUGCUAAAAAGGGGCAUGACAAUUGAAAAUGGGGGUAUUUGUGAUCUAUGUGGCUUGUAUGUUGAAUCCGUCCAGCACCUCAUGCUUGGAUGUGAUAAAUCUUGGAGAUUUUGGUCCACAAUUAUGGCGCAAGAUGGAAUUCACUGGUGUGUUCCUGGAUCGGUUGUUGAUUUAUUCAAGGAAUGA